AUGUCGAAGUUUGAUUUGUAUGAUGGGCAUGGAGAUCCGGUGGCCCAUUUGAGGGGAUUCUGUAGUAAAAUGGGAGGAGCCGGUGGGAAAGAUGAGCUAUUGAUGGCAUACUUUAGCCAGAGUCUGAGUGGUUUGGCCUUGAAGUGGUACACUCGUCAGGAUCACAAUCGUUUGUCUUUGACUAAAAUUGAGAAGAAGCCAAGUGAAAGUUUCAGAGAGUAUGGUUUCCGCUGGAGAGAACAGGCGGGAAGAGUCAACCCUCCGAUAGAGGAGAGAAAAAUGGUGGAGUACUUUUUGCAGGCUCUAGAGCCCACUUACAUUGGCCAUCUGAUAUCGUCCAUAGGCAAGUCUUUCAAUGAGGUAGUGGAGAUCAGCGACAUGGUGGAAGAAGGGCUUAAAUCAAGCAAAAUCAUGAGUUACUCAACUAUCAAGGCAACUACCCAAUCCAUUCAGAAUGGUACUGAGGGAGUGAUUGGAAAGAAGAAGAAGAAAGAAGACGUGGGAACAGUUGAUUCAGGAUCGUGGCAGUUAAAUAUGUUGAGGCCAAUUGAGUCGAAAUUGCCAAACCCUCCUCCAAAGAACCUUGAUUACUCCGUAAGCUGUGAGUAUUGUUCUGGUACUCCGGGGCAUGAUACGGAGAAGUGUUGGCACCUGAAAAAUGCCAUCCAGGAGCUCAUUGACACAAACUAG